CUUCUGGUGAAAGAGAGCACUGCACCAGCGAAGUGCUCCGUCAUAAUCACAGCAAUAAAAACUUGGCCCCUAUCCAUGCUGACACCAGGGGAUCUGGGAGUGAUGAAGAAAAGGGAGGAUCACUGAAUGGCACGUGGAUUAAAAAUACUUCUUGGAAACCUAGCUGACUUCAAUUCCCAUUGAACUUGAGCAGAGGGAUUGCUAUAUCCCAGCUGGGUGGAACUGCCAGAUCUUAGGAGACAUCGAGACUCAGUUAAAGAAAGAGGGACACUGAAAGAAAGAGAGAGAGGGAGAGAGAGAGAGAGGGAGAGGAUGCUAAUUAGCAGAGGUGAAAGGUGAAUUAAUGCCUGCCGUUUGUCAAGACAGAGUUAAAAGGGGUUGCAUCCCAUUGUGUUAUGAUGAAAAGAAGCGUAAAUCUGCAUUAAACCCUGCCUGCCUUCUGUUGAGAAGAAAGCAGAAAUUACAGGGGAUGUUUCAUCGCGUUUAAGAAAAACCUCAUUGCUUUGGAAGGCUGCAUUUCAAAACAUUCUGGAUAAAACUUGACAGAGAAAAAAAAACUACAGUUUAAUGCAAGGGAUUGAGUUUGACAGCAGCUUGACCACUGAAAGCAAUGUGACACUUCAUGUGGAGGGCAUUGUGUGGUAAAGCAUUUUAUUUUGUUUUUUCAUUCUCGUUAAAUGGACUGUGAAAAGUAAGGUCUCAUUAUAACUGAGGAAACCAGUGUCUUUUUGAAAGCUGUGAUCUGCAUGAGGGAAUUACAAGGAAUCCAAGGGAGUUUAAGAAAGUGACACUGAAAGAGAAUGAUAACAGCCAGGAGGUUUGUUGCUUAUUGCUUGUGGCUAAUUUUUGGGAGUCGAUUGUUGGCUGUCUCUUACAGUCAGCCAAGGCUGAGACUGACUCACAAAGAGUUAUGGGAAUUAAAUCGAACCACUGUAUUUUAUGGACCCCGUGGCUUUUUGGAACUAAAAACAAUGCUUCUAGACGAGUAUCAAGAAAGGUUGUUUGUUGGAGGUCGUGAUGUUAUGUAUUCUUUGCACUUGGAAAAAAUUAAUGAUGAAUACAAAGAGGUAUACUGGCCAAGCACAACUGAACAGAUACAACAAUGUCACAUGAAAGGCAAAAACACGAAUGAAUGUGCUAACUUUAUUCGGCUCCUUCAACAACACAACAGAACCCAUAUGCUGGCCUGUGGAACAGGAGCAUUCAGUCCUGUCUGUGCUUUUGUUAGGGUUGGCCACUGGAGACAGGAUAGACUAUUUGACUUGGAAACAGGUUCUGUUGAAAGUGGACGAGGCAAAUGUCCAUUUGACCCCAACAUUUCCACAGUUUCUGUAACAAAUAGGGGUGAGUUAUUUGUGGGACUUUACACAGACUACUGGGGAAAUGAUGCUGCUAUCUAUAGAAUGGGCAAUCUCACCUAUACAAGAACAGAAUGGGAUAAUAAACAUCAGUUAAAAGAACCUAAAUUUGUUGGCUCCUACGUGAUCCCUGACAAUGAUGACCACAAUGAUGAUAAGGUGUAUUUCUUCUUCACUGAAAAAGCGGCAGAGGAGGAUAGUGGUAUACGAGCUUCUUACACUCGAAUUGCAAGAGUUUGCGCAAAUGAUGUUGGUGGACGGAGAGUGCUUGUAAAUAAGUGGACCAGCUUCCUCAAAACUCAGUUGAUCUGUUCAGUGCCUGGACCUAAUGGAAUUGACACCUAUUUUGAUGAACUAGAGGAUGUGUUCUUGCUACAAACUCAGGAUAAUAGAAACCCUGAAAUCAUUGCUUUAUUCAGCACAACAAGUAAUGUAUUUCAAGGGUAUGCUGUAUGUAUCUAUCAUAUGGCUGCAAUUCGGGAAGCAUUUAAUGGUCCAUAUGCUCACAAGGAAGGACCAGAAUAUCACUGGACACCAUAUGAAGGAAAAGUACCAUUUCCAAGACCUGGUACAUGUGCUAGCAAAAUGAAUGGAGGUCAGUACUCAAGUUCCAAAGAUUAUCCAGAUGACGUUGUUCGCUUUGUGCGUUCUCACCCAUUAAUGUACCAGUCCAUCUUUCCAACACACAAAAGACCUGUUCUUCUGAAGACAGAUGGAAAAUACAACCUCAAGCAGAUAGUAGCUGACAGAGUGGAAGCUGAAGAUGGACAGUAUAACGUGCUAUUUUUGGGAACAGACAAUGGAAUUGUAUUAAAGGUUAUCACGAUAUAUAACCAGGAAAGUGAAACUAUGGAAGAAGUCAUUUUAGAAGAACUUCACAUAUUUAAGGUGCCAGUGCCGAUUCUGUCAAUGGAAAUUUCUGUCAAAAGGCAACAACUGUAUAUAGGAUCUGAAUCUGCUGUAGCUCAAGUAAAGCUCCAUCAGUGUGAUAUGUAUGGAACAGCAUGCUCUGACUGCUGUCUUGCCAGGGACCCCUACUGUGCAUGGGAUGGGGUGUCAUGCUCCAGAUAUUUCCCAGCCGGAACACUCACUAAAAGACGAUUCCGUAGGCAAGAUAUUCGACAUGGCAAUGCGGUUCAACAAUGUCAUGGCCAACAAGUGAAUGAGGUGACAGAGAAGGCUGGAGGAAAAAUUAUUUAUGGCAUUGAAAAUAACAGUACCCUAUUAGAUUGCAUUCCACGAUCUCUUCAAGCAAAAGUUUUGUGGUUUACACAAAGCCACCAUGAUGAAAGGAAAGAAGAAGUUAAACCGGAUGAAAGAGUUUUAAAAACAGAUCACGGCCUUCUGUUUUUGAAGCUUCAAAAAUCUGAUGCUGGGACAUACAUAUGUCAAACACUAGAACAUGGUUUUGUUCACACAGUUACUAAAAUUACUCUAGAAAUUUUAGAAGUGGAGCGGAUUGGGGAGAUGUUCCAAAAAGAUGAUGAGGAAGAAAUGCACCAUAAAGUUCCUUGUUUUGCUCCUUCUGGCUUGCCCCAGGGCUCCAGCAAGCUAUGGUACAAGGAUUUCUUACAACUCAUAGGAUACAACAAUUUUCAAAGGGUUGAGGAGUAUUGUGAGAGGGUGUGGUGCACUGAUAAAAAACGCAAAAAGCACAGACCAUUGCCACCAAAAUGGAAGUACCCUCAUCUGCCAGAGAGGCGAAUAAAGCUUAAAGGGGAACAUCAUCGCCUGCCUCGGGAUGUAAGAGAUUCUUGAAGACUAUAUGGACAGCAAGAUCAUGCAUGGUCAAAAGAAUAUAACAAGGACUUCUUUCUUUUGCUUCACAUUAUUUUUUCAAUUUUUAAAUGACUUCAUCACUGGCAGUAUUGACGGUGAUUCUAGACCUGAACAUAUACAGUAAUUCUUCAAUUUAAGUUUACAAACUUAAAAAAGAACAAUUUUGGUUCUGUAUUCUCCAAAAAAUGCAUCAUUUAAGCACUUUUUGUUUUAUCACAUCACUCCAUGAACAUUUUAACAUUUGCCCUGCAUCUCUCAGGAUUAUAAUUUAUUUUAUUUUAUAGCUAAUAUACUAUACAUGUAUCUUUCAAAUCAAUAUCACUCACUAAUAACUUCAAGCCAAAAAUCAUCCCCUUAGAAGAAUAGUUUCCUUUCACUCUUGUUGCUCAGACUUCAUUUAUCAUACACUCUCAUCACUGAUCUGUAGCUUUGCCAGCUCUAAUGUUAAUUUCUACAAAUGGAAGGAUAGAAUCUCUCAGGACAUACAGCAUAUAAAUGCCUGACUUAAAAUAUUUGCAAAUUUGCACACGUCAAUAAAAACAAAUACAAAUUAGAGAGAGGAAUAUAAAUGAUUUCAUUUAGCAUAUCAAAGCAUUCUGAAAUCCAAUUCAGAAUCACAGUGGAUGGCACCUGGUCUGACAGUAUUGCAUAUAAGGCAGGAAUCAAUCCUGGAAAGACCACCAGUCUAUCACAGAAAUCACUCAUGUACACACACUCUCACAUAUGGCCAUUUUAGAAUCACCAAUUAAACUAACAUGCGUGAAUUUUAAAUGUGGGAACAACAAAGCACCUGGAUUGAAACCGUUCAAGAGAUGUGUCCAAGUCUAGAAUUAAAACCCAGGACUCUGGAUCAAUUACGUACAAGAACUAACCUCUGAUCCACCAUACUGCCUGACAGUAGGCAGAAAUCUGAUCACAUUGUAAAUAAUGUAAUAGUAUAACAUUCUCAAAAUCACUUUAACAAGUUCAGAGUUGUGGAUGCAAGGUAGAGACAGGCCCAGAAUGGGGGACCAGUUCAUCACAUAGCCCAGGACCAGCAUAGUGCUGCCAAUUAACUUAACCUGCAUGUGUUUGGGAAUAAACGGCACUUAUAAAAAGUAUUCACCCCUUUUCACCUUGGAAACAGAUCUGUGCAAAGUGGUCUAAAUUAAUCUCUAUAUAUAAUCUUCAUUUGGAUCUUGAUCUUUGUUUGUCCGCGAAUAAAUUAGAAGAAGAAGCACUAGAUGGCAGUAGAGAGACAGCUAAAACAUAGGCAUUGCCUUAAGAAUCUCCUCCAGGCUUAUACUACUGAAGACUGUAGUACUCCAGUCACACCUCAAAACACAGACAUUCAAACUAAACAAAUUGUUGUGCUUUGAAUUAACUAAUCUCUAUAUAUAAUCUUCAAUUGGAUCUUGAUCUUUGUUUGUCCACGAAUUCAUGUUCAACCGACACGGUAUCCUUCAAUAAGGGCACGCACAAAAAGGCGAGCUUCCUUUUCUCCUUGGAAACAGAUCUGUGCAAAGUGGUCUAAAUUACUUACAAAUAUAACACACAAAAAAAGGUUCACAUAAGUGUCUGCUCCCUUCAAGACAGUAUUUAGUAGAUGUGAUUCUGGCAGCCAUGACAGCCUUGUGUCUGUGUGUACUGGUCUAUAUCAGCUCUGCACACCAGGACACUACAAUUUUUCCCCAGUCAUCUUUGCAAAGCUGCUAAGGAUCUGUCAGGUUGCAUGGGCAUCAUGAUUGAACAGCUUUUUUCAAGUACAGGCACCAAUUCUCUAUUGCAUUGAGACCUGGACUUUUACUUGGCCACUUCAGGACAUAAUGUUGUUUUUAAGCCAUAUUUCUCCAUAUUUUGCUUCAUUCAUUUUACCCUCAACCUCCUCAAGCCUUCUAGGGCUUGUUGCAGAGAAGCAUACUUAUGGCAAGAUGCUGCCAGCACCAUGCUUCAUAGGGUGUGUUUUUGAUAAUGUGCAGUGCUGGCUUUUGUCAAACAUGGUGUUUAGUCUAAAGGCCAGAAGCUCAACCUCAUCGGACCAGGCUUCAUCAGACCAUAGGACUUUCUUGCAGCUGAUUUUAGAGUAUCCCAUAUACCUUCUGGAAAACUUUAGCUGAGUUGUAAUGUGAGUUGUUUUUUCUCUUUGCCAUUCUCCCAUAAAGCUAACUCCUUCAGAAUUCUGAUAGGUCUCUUUGUGGCCUCCCUCUCAUUUUGCACAAUCAUGCCAUACUGUUUACUCUUGAUUUAACUUGACUCCAAGGGAUAUUCAGUGACUUGGACAUUUUCAUUCAGUGUUCUUUUGAUGCCAUUGUGUAGGUCUGGCCACAAUACUGACUCACCACAAGUUGGACUUACCAAAUACACAUGCAUUUACUGUAUAUUACAAUCAAUUGAAAUCCAUUGACUACAGACAGAUGAUCUCCAUUGAACUAAGCGUGGGACUAUUAGAAACCAGUGAUUAUUUAGAUGUGUCAAAUUAAAGGGAUAAUGUUGUGAUAAACCCAGGGCAUCAGUGAGCCCCAAACCCCAACACGAACACACGUGUACAGUCCCGGGUUCAAAUAAUCAAAGGUUUUUAUUUUAAAUACCUCCAAGCACAAGCAAAUACAGGUCUUCCUUUCACAAUAUCUCGUUCUCCCUAUUGUACUACCCUCCUCCACUCAAGCGUUGCUCCACUACCUCCCAGCUCUGACUCGCUUCAUUAAGGGAGUGCGGCCCCUUUUAUUACAGACCCAGGAGUACCUCUUGUGUCAGGGUGACUGCCCAAUAAAUGCACUUCCGGGUCACAUUGAAGUCCAUAAUAGGGAACUUGUCUCUUGUGGCUGCUCUGCUGGACUACAUAUCCUGGCAUGCCCUGCUGGCUUCUUACUGUGCACCGACCUCCGGGGCUGCUGCCAUCUAGUGUGUUGGGGGUAUAAAAAACCUCCAGCGACAUCUUCUCUUUUUAAUGGGCUGUCCAUCCAUCCUUUCCGGUCCUUCCUUCCAGGUCUGCUCCCUCUCCUGGUCGGGAUGCCUGUCCAGCCAGUGUGGCAUCUACAAUGUCCAUGUUAUCAAUUAUUUUGUGUUUUAUAUAUGUAAUUAUUUUAGAUCACUUUAUAGAGAUCUAUUUUCACUUUGCUAUUAGAGUCUUUUUCAGUUGAUCAGUAUCAAAAAGGCCAAAUUAAAUCCACUAUGAUUGAAAGUGACAACUUCAAGAGGGUGAAUAAAUUCUAUAGGCAUUGCAGGAGGAAAGCCCACAGAGAUACAGGCUGAAAGUGCACACUCCACACAGAAAACAUCCAGGUACAGAAUAUGAAAACCAGGACACUGGAUCUAUUAAACAGCUGCACUAUCCACUGCACUGCCACUCAAUAUAUAAGAAUUUAAAAAUCUUUUUAACCUAAAAUUUAAAAAAAUGGUAUAACAGACAAACAUAUAUUUUACAGUAAAUGGCUACUGUCUUGUAUUUACUUAUGCAAAAUAAAAACACACAUUCAUCUUUUUAGGGAAUAUUUUUACUGCUGUUUGCAUUUAAAUUGUCAUUUAAAAUAACAUGAUAGUAGGUAUUAAUAGCAAAGAAGAUCUAAGUAUAUUUCAUUUAGUCCAUUGAAAUUGUUCACCUAUCCAAUUUUUGUACUUAUUUUGCUCAAUUUAAGGUAUAACUUGACAGAAUAGAGUAGAAAAAAAAACUGAACAUAGCAUGUUAGUAAGAGAUGAUACAUUUUUUGGGUAAAAUGUGUUAUUUACUUUUGGUUAACUUUUUUGUGAACUUCAAUUAAAGAGCCAAAUGGAGCUGUACAAUAGUAUGCAUGUUCUGUUAAAUAAAAUUCAGUGCUUCAAUUGUAUUAAAUCGAACAUGCAAAAACACUACAUUAUUACAUUUACAGCAUGGUACAAUUUUUAUGUUACAUUUCCAUUACUCACAUAAAAACUUUAAACCACGACAGUCAUUACCAUGUUCAAGAUGCACAUGCUUUUGUAUUAAAUACAUCUUAUUUAUGAAUGAAACAUAAAGCAAAGCAGACCACUAUGAAAUCAAUUUGAUAAUGCCUUUAUACUAUCUUCUACCAGGAGUGUUUUAAACACAUACAGUAUAUUGUAUUCUUUCUCAAACACGAAUUUCCUUUCUUUAGUAUUGGAGUAAGGCUCAGCAAGGCGUUGAUGAAACGAACAGGACUUAUUGUUAAAUAUGGGCUAUGCAGAAUCUACAACUUCAAAAUAUUUUCUGAAACAUUAUAUGCUAUAAACUGAACUAAGUGAAUUUCAUAAUUGUAUAUUUGCAUAAUAUAUAUGUUUAUCUAAGUCUGUUAACUCAUUUUAUUGAAUGCAUAUAAGGCUGUUAUGGUAACAUUUACUAGACUAUUGCUUUUCAUGUAACACUCCUUGUAAAUUGCAUUAAGUGAAACAUAAAAAUAUUCAUUGUAUUUUCUGUUUUCAUUAUCAAAAUACACAUUUGGAUUGAGAAUGGGACAUAAAUUGUAAAUAAAUACCACCUAAGAAUACAAAAGCAAUAUUUUACUUAUGAUAUAAUCACAAUAUUUUAGAUUCAUGGGGGUCAGUGCCUAUUCUGACACCACAAGGUGCAAAGCAAGAAAACUACCCAGGACCAGGCGCCUGUCCAUCGCAGUGCAAGGAAAAUACCUGACCCGAAAAUAAGUUUUAAAUAUGAAUGGUUUCUGUUUUUAGAGUAGCAUAAACUAAAGCUCUAUGCUGAUUUGAGAACCUGUGUUAUUACGUUUUCCUAUUAAAUACAGAAACAAUAUAAGCUAAUGUGCUUUGCUAGAAAAUCAUUCAUACUUCCAAUGCAGUGAUAUCAUCUAAACAAGCUGAUUGUCCACAGUAUCUCCACACACAUUCAAAAUUCUUUCAAAACAUUUAGCACUGACCCUAUUUUCAUAUAAAUGCUGUACUGUAUUUUGUUUGUUAGGAUCUGCUUGUUGUGAUCUUUCUGUUUAUCAACUAUUGUCUUGUGCUAGAAACAAAUGCUAUGCAUCAGAUUGGCAUCAGCAUGCUUUUUUGUAGAUAUGUUUAAAUAAUUUGUCCAAAGCACAACCAUGCAUUCCAUUUAAAUAAUAUUUAAGAAAACUCAGUAUGGAAACUGUAUGUUGGAAAACAAACAAACAAAAAAAUGUAUUAUUGUUCCAAACAAAUGUAAAUCAUGGAGUAAAGUCUUUCAAGUAUGUAGCAAAUAUGAGGCUUGUAGGUAUGAAUGUUUUGUUAAAUAAAAUAUUAAACAUAUGUUAAGGA